CUUGAAUCGGCUGGCUGAUCUCACGCGUUUGAAGAAAGUAAUACCUUUUCUCCAUUUCAAACCUUCACACUGACAAACAUAUCAAGUUCCGUCUUUGACUUGCUCAUGACAAUAUUACUCCGUAUAUCAUUGCAAACCUCUCCUUCUCUUCUGGGUUUUCCCCAGUUUCGAAAAGAACUCUUUUUGCAAUGUUCAGACCUGAGAUUAGGGACGAUGUGGCUCUCAUCCCUGUGGUCGGGGAAGCCUUCUGCUUCCCUUACCUGGUAGACUUGAUUGUUAAGAAGGGGUUUUACGGCGUCGCUGAUUUGAAGUUUGAUGUCUCCGAUGGUAGUGGGACCCCUCUCCUCAGAGUCCACGGGAAGCUCUGGCAUUUGUUGCAGAAGAAGCGAACCGUUUAUGACCCCUCCGGCAUCCCAAUCCUCACCAUGCGCGCAAAGACUUUUGCAUUGAGAAAUGUUUGGCAAAUUUACAAAGGAGUGAGUUCAUAUGAAAACGAUCUGCUAUACACCGUUCAAGAAUCUAAAGUCAUUCAAAUGAAAAUCAGACUUGAUGUGUUCAUGGCUGGCAACCGGGGAGAGAUCUGCAAUUUCCAUGUUAAGGGCUCCUACACUUCUCAGAACUUCAAAGUCUACAAAGGGGAUGAUUUGAUUGCUGAGGUGAAGAAGAAGAUGAACAUAGGUAACUUCUUUAAAGGCGUAGAGAGUUUUGACGUGAGAGUCUUCGCUGGCGUUGAUUAUGCUUUUGUUGUCUCGCUAUUAGUUGUUCUAAAUGCCAUUGAAGGAGGAUCCUAAACUCUUUAUUUGUAUAAAUUUAUAUCUUUUUGGUGCGUAAUUAUAGCCAUCACCAGUUUUGCAUACCCCCUCCCCUUUUGUGUUUUAAAAAAAAAUUAUAGCCAUCACCAGUUUUAUAUAUUGUUGCAUGCAAGCUGUGUGUGUAGCUAAAGUGAAAUAAGGGCAUUUUUGCUGUUUUCAUCUGAUCAAGAGUUAAAGCAUGGAUUGCUACAUUGUUGUUUUCAUUCUGUGAGCAUACACCAAUUUUGGGUGGGGUUCAACUCCAAUGGUCAUGAGUAAAGAAUUGUGGAAUAUCUUACUUCUGUACAUUAUAAACAAGUGGGC